GAGCACCCGACGUUCAUCAUCCUGACGAGGUAUUAACCAUCCUGAUUUUAACGUGAGGAACUCUGUCCACGAAAAUAUAAUCCACUAGAGACAAAACACAAAGGGCACAAUGUCCAUCUGAUUGCAAGUUUUGCGGUGACGGUGAGCCACUAUCAAAAUACAAUUCAUCCACUCUGUUAAAGACACCACUUCCGCAGCUCAAAUCGCCAUGAGUGUGAUGCUUCAAUAUCUGAAUGCAGCCGUCGCCGGACUUAUCGCCAUAGCGAUAAUUUCCUACUUCUUGUUGAAGAGGGAUCCUCGAAAACCGCCAGAAGCCUCCGGCGGGUGGCCUCUGAUCGGUCAUCUUCCCAUCUUAGGUGCUUCUGGGGAGCCUCACGUAACCUUGGGAGAUUUGGCCGACAAGCAUGGACCAAUUUUUGGCAUCCGAAUAGGCAUCCACAAAGCCGUCGUGGUGAGCAGCCGGGAGCUAGCCAAGGAGUGUUUCACCACCCAUGACGUCAUAGUCUCUUCUCGUCCCAAGUUCACGGCCGCUAAGAUCCUUGGAUAUGACUAUGCUAAUUUUGGGUUCUCCCCUUACGGUUCUUUCUGGCGCGAAAUGCGUAAGAUCACGGCUUCCGAGUUACUCUCCCCUCGCCGCUUUGAAAUGUUUCAAGAUAUCAGAGAUGCUGAGGUGCAUAGCUCGUUGAAAGAGAUCUACAAACUAUGGACCAACAACGGAGACGACUCCGGCAGUGUGUCGGUGGAGAUGACGCGAUGGUUUGGAGACACAAAUCUGAACGUGAUUCUGCAAAUGAUCGCCGGAAAGAGGUACGCGGGGGAACGUGUUGACGAGGAAGAGGUGAGGCGGUGUCGGAAUGUGUUCAGGGAGUUUUUCCGCUUGAUGGGGCUGACCGUAAUAGGAGACGCAAUUCCGCCGCUGGGGUGGCUUGAUUUCGGUGGUUACGUAAGGGAUAUGAAAAAAACAGCCAAAGAGAUGGACAUGAUUAUGUGUCAAUGGUUAGAGGAAAAUCGUCAAAAGAGAGCCUAUGGUGUACUUAAAACAGAGCAGGACUUCAUCGAUGUCAUGUUUUCUGUGGUUGACCACGCUGAUCUUGCUGGCUACGAUCCCGAUACUGUCAUCAAAGCCACCUGCUCGAUGAUGAUGACAGGGGCAACAGAUACAACGGCAGUUGCCAUGACAUGGGGACUAUCAUUAUUACUGAACCAUCGUGAUGUUUUGAAGAAAGUCCAGGACGAGUUGGACGAGAAGGUGGGCAGAAAGAGACUGGUGAGCGAAACGGAUAUAAACAAAUUAGAGUAUCUUCAAGCUGUAAUCAAAGAGACACUGAGAUUAUACCCACCCGGACCGCUAUCGGGUCCGCGUGAAUUCACAGAAGACUGCACACUGGGUGGGUACCAUAUAGAAGCGGGCACGCGCCUGAUAUUGAACACUUGGAAGCUGCAAAGAGACGCAGGGGUGUGGUCGGAGGCAUCGGAGUUUAAACCAGAAAGGUUUUUGGGGAGGCACAGGGAGGUUGACGUGAAGGGACAACAUUUCGAGCUGAUUCCGUUUGGGGCAGGAAGAAGGGCGUGUCCAGGGAUCUCAUUUGGGCUCCAAAUGACACACCUGGCCCUCGCUGGUCUCUUGCAUGCAUUUGAUGUCACCACCCCUUCCGAUGCGGCGGUCGAUAUGUCCGCCACCUUUGGACUCACUCACAUGAAAACCGCCCCGCUUCAGGUUUUACUCACGCCUCGCUUGUCGCCUUCUCUUUUCCACUGAAUUCCCCUCUGCUUCCCAAAGUCUCGUGUCUGAUAUAUAUGUAACAUGUUCAGUGUUGGGUGGCUUGCCUUCAAAAGUUGAAAUUAAUGUGUUUUGCGCGUGUCAAGUGUGCGUAGACUGUAGAGUGAUCGUUUCUACGUCAUGCAAGAUACUUGUUAUCACUAAUGUUGUUUUUUAUAAAACUUUAUAUAAAAUUAAUAUAAAAAAAACAGCCUUUUGUC